CGUUGGAAAAUUCACAAUAACAUCCCCCUUCUCUCUCCUCUUUCUUAUCUCGCGCGGAGCAAUGGUGGGAGUGAGAGCCAGCGCACGAAGUCCAGGGUCGUGGCGCUGCUGUUGAUCGUGGAACGCUAACCCUAAGCUCCUUAGGCAGCUGUUCAGGAACCCUAACCCUAGCUCAAGGACGAUCAAGUUUGUCAUUAUUUCCGAUCCGUGCCGCCUUUCCUUGCUCCACACCCCGGAUAGAUCCGUUGAUCUGCGUCCGUGCGCUACGCAGGAUGAAUGUUGUUCUUGUGUUGAAGUUUUGGAGAAGAUUUGUAAAACAACGGAGGGUCCAUGAUCACAAGGCACUGUUGUUUAAAUUUCUGGAAGAAUUUUUAUGCUUAAUAUAUUUUACUUUUGAGAUCUGUGGAGUGUGACGAAAGUAUUCAAAGAUUUUCUUGAAUGGAAUUGAUGUUUUGCUGUCUUUAAGAGUUUCGACAAUAGCAGUGCAAUCCCAUUGAUAUUUUAGAAGCACUUGGUUCUGGACUGCUAGCAGUUUCUUGGUGAUAAGUCAGUGGUUCUUAGGAGUUAACCGCCUUAAAGUGACACUUCAUAAUCCAAGAUACCAUCUCUUAGCAUUAUGCAACUGUGGCAACAACAACAAUUGUUGUGCAAGAAGUUCCAAGAGGAACGAAGACAGCAGCAACUUCGGCAGCUAGAUCAGGAGAAAAGACAGCUGAUUCCGCAUAGCCAAUUGUCUGUUUUAGGAAAACCUGCAACAGGAGAUCAAUUAGCUGCAACAUCAAAUGACAUGCCUAUUAAUGAUGCACACAACUAUAUGUGGCCAAAUAAUUUUGUUGGGGAUGUCUCCAACUUACCCAUUAACUCUCAGAUGUUUAUUCCUGGCAGCAUGAAUUUGGCACACUCAAGUUACCCAGCUUCUUUACAGAACCUUGCUAAUGGUAGUUUUAUGCUGAAUGAUCACAAUCGAGGAAUGCUGUCUAUGGGAUUUACGCCUCAAAAUGAUCAAUUUAUUCAUGGUAUGCCUAUUUCAGGCACUGGCACAGUAGAGCAAUACCCCCACUUCUUAGGAAUAUCCAGUAAUUUCAACAAUUUGGUGGCUGGACCAGAUGCAACCCUUGCAGUGAAAUCAUCAUACCCAUUUGCUACUACAAAUGAUCAGCAAUCAGGUGGUCAAAAUUGUUCAGAGGACAAGAUUUUGUUUUUACAGAAUCUCCAAGGCAGAAAUACAUUCGGCAACCCUCCAAUGCAAGUUCUUGGUAAUGAUGUCACAGCUGGAAACUUUCUUGAAGCUAGCAAUCUGCAAUUCCAUGAUCAGUUUAGGGAUUUCCAGCCCAGGCAAGAACAAGAUGAUACAUCAGGUAAUUUACAUGGAAAGCAACUAUCAGAUAUAGGAAAUUGUAGAGAUGCAGCUGGUUUAGAUCCUAUCGAGCAGAAGCUCUUGUUUGGCACAGAUGAAGAUGAUAAUUGGGGUUCACUUGCUGGGUGCCUUACAUCUGGCAUUGGUGGAGAGAUGCACGGCCAUUCUCUAGAGAUUGAUCACUAUGGCACAUUGCCUUCUGUCCAUAGUGGGAGCUGGAGUGCUCUUAUGCAAGAGGCUGUUCAAGCUUCCACUAGUGACAAAGGGGUUCAGGAAGAGUGGAGUGGCUUGAGUUCUCAGAACACAGAACCUGUAAGAACACCUUCGUGUGUCACAAAUGACAAUGGGAAACAACCAACAGCAUGGGUUGGCAACAACAUAAAGAAUCAAGCUUCUUUGACUGCACAACCUUUUUCUUUAUUAAGUGGCCCAAAUGCAACACCAAGCUCCUCCUCCAUUAUUGGUAAUAAGAGUCUUCUUCUGAAGUCUGCUCACGAAGAAAACAAUAUGCCACUGAUUGACGCAUCCCAUGUACCUUCAAUGUCAUCCUUGCUACGAACCAAUGGCAAAGAAUUUACAAAUAGUCAGAAUCAAACCAAACCAGUAGAAGGUGAUGUUAAAGCUAAAAUUCCUAUAUCUAGUGAAAUGAGAACUGGGCAGAUCUUUGAGCAGUGCCAGAAUAGGUCCAGGAACACUCAGUUAAAACCACAAGACAAUGGAAGUGGCUGGACUGGCCAUAAGACUUUGCACUUGUCCAACGCUCCUACUAAGCCUGUCAACAACUUAGGUGGUCGGAGUGCUAGUCAUGCAAUGGCAUCUAGAGGUGACAGUACUUCAGAUUAUCAUGAGAUCCAUGGCAAUCAUGUUUACGGGAGUGCUGGAGCACAAGCAGUCAAAUCAGGUAUUGCUAGCCCUAAGAUGCAAUCUGGAGAUUACUUAGCAGGUGAUUCAGGGUCUGUCGGGAACCCAAAUCCCUUAAAAUUGAACCAGAACAUGCCUCAACAGACUAAUAAUGAACAGAAAUCUGUUUUUGGGAGAAAGUUUGCCCCCAAUGCACGUGGGAAUUUUGGAGUUGACAAAGAUGCCAGAGAAAACCAGAAUCAGCCAAAUCCAAAAUUGCAAAGUUGGGAGUUGUCAAGAAUUCCUGGAGCUGAAAGGCUGGGUCAUAUUGUUGAGAAAGAAAAAGAUUCCAUGGAAGCUCUUUCAGGAAAAGGUUAUGUUGGUGAUGCAUUGAAAGAUAUUGUUGUAAGUGGUGGCCUGAACACUGUUCAGCAUGGUCAACAUACUGUGGGACCUAAUAUGGUUCAUAAUUCACUAGCAAAUUUGAAGAAUAAUGCAGAACCUACUUCAAAAUUCAAUCACCAACUAAACAUGCAGGGCUUCUCCAACUCAAUUUUCAAUAGAUCAAAUAUAGAUGAAUCAUUCAGGGGAAGGUCACAUUUUGCUGGUCAUGCUGUGUGCAACAAUCCUAUGAAUGCUACUGAGCAGAAGAUUGUAGUGGAAGCAGAGGAUCUGUCUAAACAUGCAAUAUCUGUCUGUUCUUCUAGCAGUUUUUUUAACGGAUCAACUGCUCAAUAUGCACAGAAUGAGACAAUUUCUCAAGCAAGCAAUAUGCUUGAGCUUCUUCAUAAGGUUGACCGAUCAAGAGAUGUGAAUUCUAUGAAUUCGUCUGAUAGAUCUGCCCAAGUUGCUGAUGAUGUUUCUGCUGCCCAACCUCAUGUUGAUUUGUCUUCUAUCUCAAGAGGAUUUGGAUUGCAGUUAGCUCCUCCAUCUCCACAAUUACUAUCAAUCAAAAGCCCAAUUUCUCACAACCUCUUAAAUGAUCCUAUGAUCGCCCAAUCAAGCCAUCAAGGAGAGGCAAGCUAUCAGGAUCAAGCACAAUCAAAUUAUGCUUCUUUAGCCCAACCUUUAGCUCUCCUUCAUGAAUCAUCUGAAACACAGAAUUGGGAUAAGAUAUCCAACCCACCUGGUCACCAACAGAACAAACACAUGGAAGCACAUAGGCAUCUCAAUUCAUCAGCGGCAACUGCUCCUGAUUUUCCUUUGGUUCAAAAGCAAUUACAUGAGCAGCGGUUGGGACUUCAACGACAAGACCAUUCUGGUGCAAAAUGUCACCUGGAACAACAUCAAGAAGAUCAGAUUUCCAACACAAGCCAAGCUAAUGUAGGCACACCUGCUAAAAGUUCUUCACUUGUGAAUCCUACACAUGAUUUUACUGAUGGGGCUGUAGCAAGCCAAUCUGUUGAGACAUCCUUGCCUACUUUGAAUAGUAGAUUCUCCACUUCAGGAGUUGCUUCCCAUGCUGAAAAUCAUGGAUCAGGUAGUUCACAAUUUUUCUCUGGAAGAGGAGACCACACAAAACCAACAGUUGCAGGAUUUUCUCAAAUUAAGAGUCCUGGACAUCAGCUACCUCCUACAGACACAAAAUCAGUUUCUCAUUCUUCUGCAUCAGGUAUGUCUCAGCAAGAUGGCAUCUCAAAGAUGUUGCACAAUGUGUGGACAAAUAUAUCAGUUCAACAACGUCAAGCUGGUGUCAACCCUCUACUCACUCCUAAUGUACUUCAGUCCUUAAUAAAUCAUGGAAGAGAGAGAAGUUCAUGGGGUAUGCCAAAGACAGGCAGUCAAAUCAACAAGGAAGAAGGUGCCCCCGAAGCUGGCAUUAGUUCUAAUUCACAGAAAGAUGAAAAUCCAGCUCAAGUCAGGUCCUCAAAUCUACUUGCAGAGACGAUGGAUGUUUCUAAUGCAAAAAACAUGUUCCAGGGUGAAGAAGUGGUGCCAAUGCCAGCUUUUGGUAGAGGCUCUAGCUUUCCAGUUUCCUCUCUGGUCCAUCUGCAUCAGCAUAAUGUUAACAAGGGCAAUCAUGAAUUGGGUCCAGCUGUUAAUUCGAGGGACUUGCAUUCUCCUAUAACAACCGAUAUAUCUUCUAGCAGUGUCAUUGGCAUCCUUGGGGGCUUGUCAAAAUCUUCAGAUCAUCAACAGCAAAACUAUUCCUUACUUCAUCAAAUGCAGACCAUGAAGGCUUCUGACUCUGAUAUAAACAAGUUAACAGGAAAUAUGCUGAGUGGAGUGCCUUUUGGUUCCAAUACUCCACAGAUGAACUUGAAUGUGAAUCAGAGAUUUGAUCAUGAGCAGAAUUCUAACUCUAAAUAUCCUGAUGUUAAAGUUGGAGCACCUCAGGUUUCACUUUCAUCAGAUGCCAAAAUGUUAAGAUUUGCUUCAAAUGACAAUGAAGAAAAAAUCCCUACCACAUCAUCAGCAGGACAGGGCAUCCUCCAAACUCAUAUGCAUCCCCUUAGUACAAGUUCCAUGUCUACUGCUUUGGGAGGUACUGAGUGCACACAGAGUAGGCCUCAGAUGUCUUCCUGGGUUGAGCAUAAUGCAGCCUACCAAAAUGGUAGGAUGGUUCCUCUAUAUGAUGCUCAAAGGAGUGGAAAAGUUUCCAUGCACCAGUAUGUUCAAGAAGUUCCUGCAAGGAUGGAGGACAGUACUGUAAUUGAUCAAAGAUGUGAGAGCACUCAGGCUGGUGGCUAUGAGCAAGGUAUAUUAUCCACCAAGAUAUCACCAAAUGAGUCAUCUCCCUUAUUGCUACCCAACACCAUUGACCAAUCUACAAUUUUAAGACAUAAGAAACGCAAAAGUGUGACAGCAGAUCUGCCUUGGUAUAAGAUUGUCACUGAGUGUUCACAAAGUUUGGAAAACACCAGUAUGGCAGACUUGGAAUGGAAUUCAGUUGCCAAAAGAUUGAUGGAGAAGGUAGAUGAUGAUGCUGAAACUCUAGAAGAUGACCCAUUAAUUUCUCACUCGCGGAGAAGGCUUAUCAUGCCAACUCAGCUAAUGCAUCAACUUGUUCCAGCUGUACCUUCAGCAUUGCUUAAGGAAGAGGCAGCUUUAGCUUAUGAAAGUAUGCCCUUUGUUAUUGCUAAAUCAGUACUUGCAGAUGCAUGUGGCCUUGUUUCUUACAUAAAAAAUGGUUCACAUGAGCCAGUGGAAAAUGAAAAUAUGAUGCUUGUUGACAUUAAGACUUCAAAGGUGGGGAAUGGUGCUUAUUCAAACUUAGCAGAGAAUUUCAUUGGUAGAUCUGAGAAACUGGAAGCCGAUUUCUCAAGGUUGGCGACUGGCCCCUCCUUAUUAGAAAUGCAGAUGGAAUGCCAGGAAUUGGAAAGGUUUUCCAUUGUCAAUCGAUUAGGCAAGUUUCAUGGUAGGACUCAUGCUGAUGCAGUUGAAGUUUCUGCCACCGGAGCUAUUCAUCCUAGGACGUUCGCACAGAGACAAAUCACUGCAGUUUCCAUGUCAGGAAAUCUUCCAGAGGGGAUCAUGAGCUUGCCACUUUAGAUCGUUGAUCAUUUUUCUGCUAGUCUAAAAUGCCAUUGCUCCCUGGCAGUUUUCUGUGCCAUUUAAAUACUCCCUCAGUGGUAAGUUUACGAGAGUACAAAACACAUCAUCCAGGGACAAAAGCCAGUUGAACAUGAAUCAAGGGGCAAGUAGUUGUGUCGUCAUCAUGUUGAUACACAACCUCAUAGGGAACGAUGGCUGUUGAAUCAGUACCGAUUGUUAUCAUUCAAUCUUUCAGGAAGUAUAGGUCUUUGUAUAUCAAUGAAGAUGAAGAAGGGUAGGCCUUGCUUCAUUCUUUUUAAGCAGGGGAGAGUUUGUAUUGUCCCAUAUUUCUAUAUUCAAAUGGACUUGAAUAUUGGGGUUCUCUCUUUUGCUCGCUGACAGGUAAACAAUCAUUACUCGACCUUCACAAUAGGGAGGAAAAAUCUAAUGAUGUAACCACGAAUUCAGUUGCUUGAUGCAAUUUCUGUAAGGGUUCAACUUUGGAAUCAAGUUCAUGAGGAUGUAAAAUUAUGCCAUUUUACUUAUCCUCUGUACAACACAUGCAUUUUACCAUCGCGCCCAUCACAACUUUCUGUUCGUGUAACCGGAGAGUUUUGUUAUUGUUACACCUGUUGUCAGCUCAAUUGAGAUUACAUGAAUGUAAUUUCUGAAAGGCAAA